AUGCUUUGGCUUUCCGCACUCUCAGAUGAGAUCACGGCCUCCCUUGAGGGUCUGUGCCGUUUCUACAAGAUUUCAAGACUACGAUCUGGAUUUACGCUCCUUGCAUGGGGUAAUUGCGCUGGCGACCUUGUGGCGGCUUACUCCAUCUCGCUAAUGGGAGAGUUUUCACUCGCCUUCAAUGGGCUUGUCGCAGGGCAAUUCUUCAAUACUGCUGUGGGAUUCAGCACUGCGCUGAUGACUGUCACGUGGAGACAUCCACAAAUAACGCUCUUUGCAAACGGAUGGCCUUCAGACAUCAGUCAUCCACUGCUGGCAUGCACAAUCUCGAUGCUGCUCGUCGUGGCCAUGCAAGCGACGUUCAGCGUGGUGGACCUGCAUGUGCGAAGUCCACUCUGGGGAGUUGUGCUGGCGGCCAUUUACGGCACAUUCUUCAUUUACAUGUGGCGGAACACGUCAGCAGACGUGCCAAACCAGCAGGCCACUGGUUGA